CCCAGCCCGGGAGAGGAGAGCGGAAAGAAUGUCCAGCUGAAAAACAAGGCACUGGACUGGGUGAUCCCACAGCAGCGAAGCUCCUCCUGCCCCAGGAUGGGCGGCACAGAGGCAGUCGUCAGCAGUGUUUCGGGGACAGUACCGGCAGGGGGGCGACCGGCAUCGGCGUCGCCGGCUCCCAACGCCAACGUGGAUUGCGCCAAGACGGCCAGGAGCUCUGCAGAGAGCACCGCCUCGGUCAUACAGCACGUCGGGCAGCCCGUAGCCCCCCCCGCAAAACACGGCAGUAAGGUGGCCAAAUCCUGUGGCCAGGAAGCCAACUUCAAGGCGAACGAAACCGCCCUGGCCUCCAGCCCCAUCUUCCUGCCGCCCAACGAGGCAUUUCGCUCACCGCCUCUGCCCUACCCCAGGGGGGAGUUCAUGACCUACCAGGACGCACUGGGCAUGGGGAUGGUGCACCCCAUGCUGCUGCAGCAUUCGGCUUUGGAGAUCAACAAGGAGGAGAAGGCAGAAAGGAGGUCACGGUCUCAUGAGCGAGUCCGCUACGAGGACCCAGCUCUGCGGGGCCGGUUGCCGGAGCUCCUGGAGAGCAGCGGGAAGAUGCAUUUCGAAGUAGCCGGCGACAAGGGUGUGAAAGUGCACCAGAGCUCCGGCCACCCUAAGAACUCGGCCAAAAGUGACAAACACCUUUUCCCGGAUCUUCUGCGAGAUGAGCAAGAGGCUAAAAGCGAAGCGAAUGUAACGAAAGCCAGCUUUGCUACGGAAAGCAGUAAUCAGGCUAAUGACCCCACAAAGCACAAGGUAGAGCAGGCGUCGCAGCACAGAGAUUUUAUUGCAAUGAGAGAGGAGUUCGGGAGAAAUAACGAUCUUCACGAAACCUAUAAUUUCAAGCAAGCCCAGAGUUCAUCAGUUUUUGGCUUAAGGAAAGAAGAUUUAUCUGUGAGCCAGCCCAAAGAGAGAGUGGGGGUCCAGCCUUCGCCUGCUUUCUUGGAAGGCGCUCACAAGAGCGACGCUCCGGCUCUGGCUUUCGGCAAGGUGCAGGAGGAUGCGAAGCCAUUCUGCAUGGGGACUGCGCCACCGAGCAUCGACGCCGGCCAGACCUAUACCAAAGACGGAGCCGACGACGCGGAAUCUGCUGAUGGCAAAAUCUUGAAACCCAAGCCAUCUAAGUUGGCCAAGAGGAUCGCAAACUCUGCCGGUUACGUAGGUGAUCGGUUCAAGUGUGUGACGACCGAGCUGUACGCGGACUCCAGCCAGCUCAGCCGGGAGCAGCGGGCGUUGCAGAUGGAAGGAUUACAAGAGGACAGUAUUUUAUGUCUACCUGCUGCUUACUGUGAGCGUGCAAUGAUGCGCUUCUCAGAGUUGGAGAUGAAAGAGAGAGAAGGCCAAACAGCUACCAAAGACUCAGAGGUCUGCAGAUUCAGCCAGGCAGACUGGGAAAACUUGAAAGGAAACAGUGAAAAGAAGCCAAAGUCUGUCGCUCUGGAAGAUGCCAUUGCUGACCAAAAUGACAAUGACAGAUGUAACUUUUCUAGUACAGAAAACAACCAAGGUCACUUUCUCGAAACUCCGGAGGAAAAAGAUCUUUCAAAUGAGAAAUGUUAUUUAGAGAGACAUUCUAUAUAUGAAAAAGCGGAAGACCAGCCAACGGAAGAUAUUGGCCAACAUCCAUGUCCACGUCUGGACAGGAAGCGUAAACACUCUGGUGAGAGAGUGCAAAAUGAUGGCAGCCAAAAUGAAAACUUCGCGGAUGAACUGCAGGACGAAUUUAUAUCAAAAGCAAAAAAGAAGAAGAACUCCAAAG